AUGAGGGAAGAACAAUCUAUUGAGGCUGCAUUUUACAAGUGGGACAAGAAAAGUAAGAAUGAAUAUCGAGUUCGGUUAAAUGCUUCAAUCGAUGUGGUCCAAUUUCUUCUAAAUCAAGGUCUAGCACUCCGCGGUCAUGAUGAAAGUGAAUCAUCCUUGAACAAAGGUAAUUUUCUUGAAGCACUUUCUUGGCUUUCGGAUAGAUGUGAUGACAUUAAACCUUAUGUGUUAGAAAAAGCUCCAAAAAAUAAUAAAAUAAUUUCUCAUGAUAUUCAGAAAGAUAUUGUGAUUGCAUGUAAGAUUGAAACAAUCAAAGCUAUAAUAAAGGAUUUAGAUGGUGACUACUUUGCUUUGUUGGUUGAUGAAUCAAGAGACGUAUCACGCAAAGAGCAAAUGACUAUUUAUUUACGAUAUGUUGAUAAAAAGGGGUUUGCGAUGGAAACAUUCAUUGGACUUGUUCAUGUUAAAGAUACUAGUGUUUUAUCUCUAAAGAAAACAAUUGUGGAUGUACUUGCUCACCAUUAUUUAACUUUAGCUUAUGUACGGGGGCAAUGUUAUGAUGCAGCAAAUAAUAUGCAAGGAGAACUUGUAUUAUCAAUUUCAAAUACUUUGAUUGUGUUGGGGGCUUCCUUUAAACGUGUGGAUGAAUUUCGAGAAUCUCAAAAAGAAAAACUCCAAAAGGCAUUAGAUAUGGAUGAGCUAGAAAGGGGUAGAGGUUUGAAUCAAGAACAUGGUCUUAUUAAAGUUAGUGACACUCGUUGGGGAUCUCACCACAAGUCAUUUGAAAACUUUAUUAGUAACUUUGCCUUCAUUGUUGAUGUACUUGAUUCUCUUGUUAAAAAUGCAAGUACUUCGGAAGAAAAAGCUAUCGAAUCGGGAUUUCUCAGAAGUUGUCAAACUUUUGAGAUUGUUUUCUUGUUGCAUUUGAUGAUUGAUAUUUUAGAAAUCACAACUGAUCUUAAUGUGUCAUUACAGAUACUGGAACGGGAUAUUGCUAAUGCUUUGAUUCUUCUACAAGAAGUUAAUGACCGUUUUAAUGAGGUGACAAGUUAUUUGCUUAAUGAUAUGGCUUGCUUGAAUCCAAUUGAUACAUUUUCUAGUUUUGACAUCAAAAAGAUAUUGGUGAUGGCUAAAUUAUAUCCUGAUGACUUUGAGUUCAACAUGAGGGUUCUUGAGAAUCAACUUGUUAAUUAUAUUAUUGAUGUUCGUGAAAUUGAUAAAAGAUUCUCCAAUUUAGGCGGAGUUGGGGAACAUGCAAGAAAGUUGGUUGAGACAAAGAAGCAUUUAAGCUAUCCUCUUGUAUUUCUUUUAGUGACGUUUGCUUUGCCUCUACUCGUUGUUACUGCAUCAGUUGAAAGAGCUUUUUCGGCAAUGAAGUAUAUCAAGAAUGAUUUGCGGAAUCAAAUUGAUGAUGAAUUCUUAGAUGUUGCAUAG